UUAAUAUGGCGACACUGCCAACAGGGCACCUUCGAUCGAUGGACUGCUGUCAAAAAUUUCUUUGAAAUAUUUAUAAAAUAAAAGUAACAAUAGACGUAGUUAGUCAGUUGAGUUAAUUUGAGCCUCUCUUAUAUGCUAUUCGUUGUAAUAGUUCUAUUCGAUUAGAGUGUAGAGUGUGACGUUGUUGAAAAUCGAGAGUGAAAGUGUUCGUGUGGUCCGGUUCCAUGUAGCACAGUGACGGGUCGUUCGUCGCAAUUUGUGGUAGCAUAUGUGAGCGGCUGUGUCCAAUGUUACGUAAGCGGUGGUAGCGCUCGGCAUGUCGUGGAUGAAGCGGGCCGGGGGCGCGCCGCCGCCCGCCGAGCAGCCGCGCUACGCCCCGGGCCAGUCGCCGCAGCCUCCCCGGGCUCAGGCUUUUGGGAAUCAGCAGAGUAUGUAUCCAAAUUAUUCUUCAAGCAAUACUCCGCAACAGCAGUACUGGCAAACACCACCACAACAGCAAGCCCAAUACAAUCAACAGUAUGGCCAGACAUACCAGCAGCCAUCAGAUUAUGCCAUGAAUGCCAAUCAGUUUUACCAACAACAGCCACCUCCACAGUAUAGCCAAAAUUAUUCUGGCCAGUCUUUUGGUACAAGCAAUCAGCAAGGCUAUCAACAAGGUUACUAUCCAAACCAGAAUCAAGGGAUACAACAACAAAGUUAUCCCCAGAACAAUCAUGGCGCAGACGGGUGGGAUGACAACUGGGAUUGGGGUUGGGAAGAUUCAUCUAAGGCUCAGAAAGGUGUUAUACAGAACACGACUCAAAUGACAGCGCAGCCACCACCACAACAACAAACACAACAAGUUUACAACAAUGCAAAUGUUAUUGAAGAAAGUUUUGCAACUACUGAUGGUUGGAACUGGGCAAUGGAGGAUAAGAAGGAAGCUGUAGAACCACCAGUACCUCCUACUCAGCAGAAUAAUCCAGCAACAUUGCCUGUUGAUAAUCCUCCUUUUGAGAAUAAUUCAGUCACUCAGGCAAAUGCUCAAAAUGUUAGUGCUCACUCUAUCGAGGAAGUGAAGACAUUGAAUGAUAAAGAAAUAGUUAAGGAGUGUUUGCCUAAUUUGGCACUUGGAAAGCGCUUUCAUUUAGACAAUCUUACACCUCAGUGGUCAAUAGAAUCACAAAUGUCUCAAGAGUCUAGUGAUGGACCGCAUACUCAUUCUGAAGGUACAUAUAGAAGUGAAAAUCAAUCUAGAAAUUCUAAUAAAAGUAGUCCUGGUCUUAAUACAGAUAAUUCUAAUUUUAAUUAUUCUCAGCCGAGCCUUGAUGACAGUUAUCCCCAGAAUCAGGACUGGUCAAAGAAUUCAGUAGAAGAGCCUACUUUAGUAGAUAAUGUAUUGAGCGACAGCAGACAAGAGAGUAAUGACGAUCUUUCUGCUUCUCUGCAAGAGAUGAGUAUAACUAAUAGUGAAAAUCCUGCCCCUAAUUCUCUAACUGGUACAGAAUUAAAUGUGGAUAAUAAACCAGAAAAUACACUGCAACCACCUCCUGCAGUUUCUCCCACUAAUCUACUACACAGUGCAGCUGUGAAACAGCCCUCUCCAGUGCCACGGCCACCAUCUGCAUCAUCUUCAAAUGUACCACCAGUGCCUCCUACAUCCAUGUCAUUGCCUCCUCCUCCAUCUGCAUCAGCAUCUAUGCCACCAACUAAUUUCCCUCCUGCUGUAACAUCUCAAAAUCCAUUCAAAAGUGCAGGACCUAUAUCUCACAAAAAUAUAUCAAAAGCGUCCCCUGGUAAUUUAGCAGCAGGCCAAUCUUUUUCUGCCCCAAUUUCAAGUGCUAGUCUAACAUCCCCAGCUGUUGUAAACAAAGUCUCGCAGCAUAGUCGAGUACCGGUUGGUUUUAGUGCAAAUUUAGAAACAACUCCUGAUAAUUCUGAGCGACCUGACCAACCACAGGUAUUGCCUUUUAGGCCGAUGCCCAUUGCCCAACAAGUUCCCGAAAACUUGGAAGUGGCACCAAAAAAUGAUAGAAAUGAAUAUCUGCAAACAGCACAUCUAUCCAGUGGGGACUAUGGAGAAAAUACUGAUUUCAGUCGCACCAUGCCUCCACCUGGACUGCAGAGAAUGGUAUUAGGACAACAAGAAUCUGAGUACAAUCAAAAUAUCAAUAUAUCUACUGAUGGGCCCCCACCAGGGUUCACGAGAAUGGUCCCCGGUCAACAAACUGAGGUGGAGAAUGUGUAUAAUCAACCUAAUGAUAAUUAUUUAGAUCGACAUAUAGAUGGCCAACCCACUGAUGGCAAUGGAAGGCCUUAUAGACAGGCUGAUGGUCAGCAGACAUCUGACAACUAUAGUCAGCCUCCACCUUCCAGAGGUAAUGAGAGGCGGCCUAUUGGAUUGGACAGGAUGGUGCCUGGUGAAUCAAGUAACAUUGAAUAUUCUCAGUAUCCAAGCUCUAAUUAUGCUGGUACCAAUGAACCAAGGGUUGUGACAGGUGUUGAUCAUGAUUACUCAAUUUCAACAGAUGCUGGGCCAUCAGAUAUUAGAGAGCAGAAUGUUGACGGAUCUGAUUAUACCGAUCAAAGUCUUAGAAAUGCUCCAAGGAAUAUCAUAGGAGUACGGGAUACAGACAUAUCUGCAGAUUUUAAUGCUGCACCAGAGGAGCAACAAAGGGAGGUAGUUAUGGAAGGUGAAAAUUUGCAGGACUUGAGUGCAAUAUCAUCUACAGACCUGACAUUCUCCAGGGAACAAACAUUGGAUGGUGCUGAUGAGAACAUAACAGAUACUGGAAUUGACAGGAAAACUGAUGCUUCAGAUUCCAUUGAAAAUCCAGCAAGUAGCUCGAGAAGACAAUCGCUAAACCAUGUGAAUACUUCUGGUGACGAUUCAGAGAGGGAUCGGUUAUUCAAAUCGUCUCCAAGGCGAGAUAGACAUAAAUUAUCUAGGGAUCGUGAUAGGGAAAGGGAUAAGGAAGGAAGAUACUCUAGAGGUGAUAGGAAAUAUGAUAGAGAUCCUGACAGGAGAUCGGCGCGAGACGACAGGUGGUCAGAGAAAGACAUGCGAGAAAGAGACAAACAACGUGACAAGAGAGAGAGGGACGAGAGUCCAGACUCUCGCCGUCAUCGGCGCAGCGCCAGGAGCCACAGAUAUGAAACGGAGGACACUGACUACUACAGCGACCGAGAAAAGGAACGAAGACGUUACAGAGAGGGUUCGUACACGUCGUCGAAACCCCCUCGGCCCGACGACAAGGAGCGGCGCUACGAGGACCGGGACCGCGGCCGCCGCUACCACACCAUCGAGCGCGACCGCCGCUACGACGACAACCACGACGGAACGAGCCGCCGCCGCGACCGCCCGCGUGACCGCGACCGCGACCGCAACCGUGACCGCUACGGCGAGCGCAGAUACCGGGACAUCGACCCCUCCAGGAAGUACGGCAACCUGAAGAGGGACAGGGACGAGGAGGAACGCAGGAGAGGCGAGUACGAGUCGCCGUCGCGCGCGGAGUCCCGCGAGCCGCGCGGCGACGACCGCGAGCGCCGCCACCGCCGCCCGCGACACUCGCGCGCAUACUACGACGGGUACGGGAGCGGCGUGUACGAUGACCCUUACGCAGUGCAGCGGCAGCAGUACCAGUACUACGAGCACCUGCGGCUCACCAACCCCGCCGCCUACAUGCAGGUCUACAAGCAGCUCAUGGCCGGGCAGCAACCGCCGCCGCCGCCGCCCGAUUUCCUUGCGAAAGGGCUGAUGUCGCUGCGCGACUACCAGGCGGAGGAGCGCGGCAGCGUGCACUCGGGCCGCUCCAGCGCCAACGACCUCAAGACCGACACGUACUACGGCGGGUACCGCGCGGCGAGCUCGCACCGGGACGCGCCCUCCGUGCGCACCGACUUGUCCGACAGGGAGCUGAACACGGACGCGUCGCUGAACCUGCAGCUGGAGGAGUCCACCGUGCGCUCGGAGCGCAUGACGCCCUUCAAGUUCUCCACCGCGCACAUCAAGGGUAACAUCGGCACGCGCGACGUGGUGGUAGUGCGGCCGUCGUACCCGGUGGACGGGCUGCCCGCCACCGUGCAGGUGCUGUCGCUCGCCGCCGCCGUCUCCUCCGCCGCCUCCUCCGACGCCGCCGAGCUCGCCGCCUUCCCCGGACCGCUAGUCAAAGGCAUCACGCACAAGAAGAGCGUGAUGGAGUACUGCUUGUCGCGCGUGAGCUGGGCGCGCCGCGCGGCGCCGCACGACGCGCUCGGCUACGUGCUGCUGUGGGAGCUGCUCGCGCUGCUGCUGCGGCAGAACGGGGUGGUGGUGGGCACCGACAUUGCUGAGCUGCUGAUGAAGAACAAGCGAGAGUAUGAAUACAAGACGACAUUCACUAAACCAACGCACGACGGCAGUCGGCGCGAGUCGUCGCUGUCGGGCUCGGCGCGCGACGACGAGCGUGACGGCGAGCGUACCGACCGUACCGACCGCACCGACCGCACCGACCGCACCGAGCCGGACGACAACUCCUCGUACUCGGACAACACGCCGCAAGAGAGUGCGCCGCAAAUAUCAGAGGAGGCAGCGCUGGACCGGCUGCGCGAGCUGCUCAUCUACGGCAACCGCCAGGAGGCACUCGAGUUUGCGAUGAGCAACGCGCUGUGGGGCCACGCGCUGCAGCUGGCGGCGCACUGCGAGCGUCGCACGCGCGCCGCCGUCAGCGCGCGCUUCGUGGCCGCGCUGCCGCGCAGCGACCCGCUGCACACGCUGUACGCCGCGCUCGCCGCGCGCCUGCCGCCCGCCGCUACCUGCGUGUCCGACGAGCGCUGGGGUGACUGGCGGCCGCACGCGGCCAUCGUGCUCGCCAACGGCUCCGCCAAGCCCGACCAGGACCGCCGCACACUCGUGCAGCUAGGCGACAGCUUGGCGGCGCGCGGGCUGCUGUACUCGGCGCAGUUCUGCUACAUGGCGGGCGGGCUCGAGCCGCAGCGGCACCCGCUGGCGCCGCUCGCGGCGGCCGAGCCGCCCGCCGCGCCGCCGCGCCUGUCGCUGCUGCUGGCCGACCCGCGCGCGCCCACGCUGCCCCUGUUCGCCACCAACCAGGCCAUCUUCGCGACGGAAAUAUACGAGUACGCCAUGUCGCUCAACAGGGACUACGUGAUCGAGGAGUUGCAGGUGUACAAGCUGGUGGCGGCGAGCCGGCUGGCGGACGCGGGCGCGUACGAGCGCGCGCUGGCGUACACGGAGCAGGCGGCGCGCGCGCUGGCCCGCGCCCCCCGCCGCCCCGCGCCGCGCCUCGCGCGCGCCCUCGCGCACCUCGCCGACAGGCUCAAGUACCACGACCCGGCGCUGCAGGACGACGCCGCCGAGGAGGACGACGCCGGCGCAGCGCGCGGCGACGACAGCGGCGAGCCCUCCCCGCGCCACCAGCAGUGGCUGCACGACAUUCAGCAGCUCGCGGCCGACGCGCGCCCCCCGCCGCCGCCCUCGGCGGAGGACGUAUCCUUGCAGACGACGCCGGUUCACCAGCACCAGCAGCAGGUGGAGUACUAUGCGCAAUACGGCGGUUGGCCAGCGGCGGACCAGGUAACACAACCCCAGUAUCAGCAACAGACUCAGCCCUAUCAGGAGGCGACGGAGCAGGUGGACUACUCGCAGUACUACCAGCAGCCCGCGCCGGAGUCGCAGCCGCAGCUACAGCCGCAGCCCGAGCCCGAGCAGGCGCCGGCGCCCUACGGCGACGAGUGGGCCGCCCGGCCCGCCGACGACGCGCAGCAGUACGACAACGGCUACUGGCAGGGGGACUCGCACUACGGCUACGGCGAGGCGGCGGCGGGUGGCGCGGGCGGCGCGGGGGACGAGGCGCGGCCCAUGAUCACGAUGCCGGGCGCCAGCGCCGCCAAGUCCACGCUCUACGCCGACUACGACGACGACCGGCCGCCCAGCGCUGAUCAGCCGGAGCGCGACACGGACACGCCGCAGUCGAGCGCGAAGCCGGACAAGGCGAAGGAAGAGAGCAGCAGGCCGGAGAGCAAGGGCAAGGGCGGCUGGCUGGGCGGCAUCCUCACCAAGCUGUCGCUGCGGCCGCCCAACCAGAUGAUACUGCCCGACGACAAGAACCCCACUAUCGUGUGGGACGAGGAGCACAAGUGCUGGCGGGACCGCGCCGAGCCGGCCGCCGCGCCCGGCGCCGCGCCGCCGCCGCCGCCGCCCGCCGCGCCGCGCGCCCUCGCUGCCGCCGCUCGGAGCUCGUCCCCACCGCUGGCGGCGGCGGGUGGGGCGCCGCCCACUGCGCCCGUCUCGAACAUAUUCAAGAUGCAAAAAGGAAGACACAUAAAGAAGUCGUACGUGGACGUGUUGAACCCGGGCGGCGCGGCGCGGACGCCGGCCGGCGCGGCGCCGGGGCCCGCGCCGCCGCCCGGCGCGCCGCCCACCUACUUCGUGCCCGCGCCCGCGCCGCUACAGGUAGUGCAGUUGUCAAUGCCUCCGUCCCCCCGCGCUCCGCCCCGUCCCCCCUCCUACCCGUCUACAUCCGAGGCCGCUAUCUACGAUCCAACGCAAGUGGCCGACGACGACCAGUACCGCAGCGGCAUAUAAGGCGGCGCGUCGGGCCGGCGGCCACUCGGCUAGCCACUUGCCCCGCUACUUGUUCGCCGCAGCGCUCCGACCGUGCAACUGACUUAAUUGUGAAUCGACAAUUGAUAUUAUUAGUAUGAUCGUGCGAGGCAGCAGUCGCGCUAUAAGAAAUGAAUCCGUACGCCACCAGGGGACGCUCUGGGCAGCUCUGAGCGGUCUGAGCGGUCUGAGCGGUCUGAGCGUCGAGCGACGGCGCUCAACAUAUUUAAUUUGACGAAAUGAAUUAUUAAAUUUGUGAAUUCCAUUAUCAUUAUUAUUAUUUUUUUUUGUCGUUAUUUUGAUUUAUAAUUAUUGGAUUGUUUAAAAAAUUCGGUGCAAAUUUUCAAUGUAUUUGUUAGUGGAACAUAUAUAUAUCAAUUUUCAUAUAUUUUAUUUUAUAUAAUAAUUAUGUAGCAAUUUUGAGUUUAAUUUUUCCAAAUACACUGUCGUUAAUUCGCUUUAUCUUCUGAACGAUCGAUGCCGAUUGUAAUGCAUAAGUUUACCACAACAAAGGCAUGAAAUAAUCAAUUUGGACGCAUCACAGUGGGCAUCGAGUGUACUUCGCUUUAAUUGGGUGCAAUAGAUUUCUCUGUCGCUUUACUUGUAGACAAUAAACUGUUUCCGAUUGUCACAGAUCUAUUGCUGUGUUAUUCAUGUAAGAAUUGAUUUUAUCAUUAUUUUAAUAGUCCCGUGAUGUGUAUAACGAGAACGUAUGUACAGAUAGUAAUCGUGUGUUGGCUAUAUAUAGCGGUGGCAGGCGAGGUUGUAUAAAAUAUUAAAUGCCUUAGUAAAGUAAUCGUUAGUAAGCCGCCAGUGCUGUGUACAGAGGCGGCGCGACGCGCGGCCGCGCAUCUAUGUGUAUAUUUGAAGCGGCGGCGGUCUCGCCCCGUUGGUAUGUAUUUGGAAAUGUAUUAUAUUUAACAUUCGAAUUCGUGGAAAAUAUUUAAAUAAAAUGUUUAUGUUAAUGCUUA